GCAUCGAGUCAACUGGCGGAACAGCGGGCACCGAGUCGUCUGGCAAGACUGCGGGGCACCGAAUCACCAGGCACGACAGUGGGCUCUGACUCAAUUGGCACGACAGCGGGCACCGGGUCAUCAGGUACCGGAUUGUCUGGCUCGACAGCGGGCAUCGGGUCACCAGGUAUGACAGCGGGCACUGGGUCACCAGGCAUCAGGUCAUUUGGCUCGCCAGCGGGCACCGCGUCAUCUGGCAAGGCAGUGGGCACCGAGUCACCAGGUACCGGAUCAUCUGGAUCAACAGCGGGCUUCGAGUCAACUGGCCUAAUAGGAUCGUCAGGCUGGAUCAGUUCAUCAUGCUGAGUAGCGGCAUCAGGCUGAAUGCAGGCAGGCAUC